CCUUACAUACAAGGGAGUCCCAGUUAGAUGGAGUGCCAAUUUCUCAGCAGAAACUAUGGAGGCAAGAAGGCAGUGGGUUGAAAUACUUUAAAGUACUAAAGGACAACAACUGCCAGCCAAGUAUUUUACAUCCAGUAAGAUUCUCUCUAAAAAACAAGGGAGAGAUUAAGGCAUUCUCAGAUAAACAGAAACUGAGGGAGUUCAUCACCACUGGACCUGCUCUUCAAGCAAUACUAAAGGGAGUUCUUUGGACUGAAAGGAAAGGACACUAGACAGUGGUUCAAAGCGGUAUAAAGAAAUAUAGCCCUGCAGUAAGGGUAACCAUUUGGGUGAUUAUAAAUGCCAAUAUUAUUGUAUUGUAUUGUUUGGUAUGUAACUUCACUUCUUACUUCCUACAGGUGUUAAAAUGUUUUUAAACAGAGGAAAUAUGAAAAAAUACACGUCCCUACAAUAUAACCAACAGCAGCAUUUGUUAAGUUCGACAUAGAACGGGAUCCUCCUCUGAGUUGAGAGGUCCUGGGCCCCACCAGCUCCUACCUAGUCUUUCCAUCUUGGCUUCUGACCCCAUCUGGCCGAGAGCUGGCUGUGCAAAUCCUACCUGCUCUGUCUGCAGACACCCUGUGCCCCCACCCAUUUCUUAGCUGCCCCACUUCUCCCCACCUUUCUGACAUCCACCUCUUUCAGACCCCACUCAAGUCCUGCCUCAUCCCCUGUUAUUGACUAAUGGUUGUACAGGAACUAUGUUUUAUACCUUUUUCCACCCUAGCUCCAGACUCAAAAUGAAAAUGUUUAUGGUUAGAGAUAACUUUGGGUUGAUGAUAUAAACAUCUACCAUCUUAUGCCAGUUAUAAAUUACUGCCUCUCAGCUCCAAAAUUCGUCCUUCAUUGCCUAAUCUGUGAAAAUGGAUGUGGGCCCUUUAUGUAUAUUUCCUUUGGCAGCUGUCAGUUGAGGGCUCAGAAGAGGACCUUGCAAGAAGGGGGUUUCCUUCCUGGUUCCCAUGUCUGCGUCUCAUGUCUGGGCGGAGCCAAGUGUGGGUCUUGCCAGGCUCCUAGGGAGCCUGUUUGUUGCCCUCCACACCUCAUUGCCUGCAGUUCGCAGCCUUCACCAGUUCUGGCAGCAGUGGUGGAACCAGGACCCUGUGACAGAGCAGCCUGUGCUGCAGUCUGGGGCUGCCCUUGUCAAGCCGUGCUGGAAGUGCUGAACUGCAGAGGGAGGCCUUUGUGGCUCCCGGUUCCAGCAGCACCUGCCGCAGCACCCUUGCACUCGUCUCCCUUUAUGCCCCAAAUCCCUGCCCAUCAGUCUUGGCUCGCCUGCGUUCUGGUGGCUUGUUUCCUGCAGCCCCCCUGAUGAGGAUCCGUGCACUGCCGGCCUUGUGCUCCCAGGGUGUCCCAGCCCCCUCUUCAGCCCCCAGCCUGGAUCACCUGCACCCUCCAGGGUUGCCCCUGCUUUCCCGGUGGCUGGGCCAGCUCUGGCCUGGGCACCCAGGAGGUUUCCCUCCAUCCAUACCUUCUUCCACAAGCUCUGAACUUCCUUCCAAAUUUGUUCUUUUUGGGGUGCUUUCCAUCAGCCUCAGGGUACCCUUUUAGAGUUCUUAUUCCAUCUUUGCAGUCAUUCAGUUAUCAUUUCUUAGUAUUCUUUAUAUUAAACUCCCCCUAUUUAAAUUACUGCAUGGUUUCUACCUCCUCCUGAUUGGACCCAGACUGAAAUACAUCCCGUACAAUCCACCUAUGCAAACAGAAGGCUGCAUCAGAGAGAGAUCUUCUAGGGAUUUCUCUGAGGGCUCAUGCUGGUGGUGGUCUGAUUAAACUGGGGAAAUAGCAUGAGCAGAGGGCAUAUGUUCAGGAGACUGGUUUGCUUUGGGAGCAGAGUGGAAAACGAGAUGUUAAGCUGCUGCAGUACUCAGUGGCAAAGCCUACAUGGAAUAGAAGAGAGAAGAAUAUGCAAGUGACAUUACGGAGGUGGGGACCCAAGACUUGGCAGCUGGUCGAAUAUGGAAGGCAAGGAGGAGCCAUUCAAGAUAUUGCUGGGGUUUGUGCAAGAACAACUGAGAAGUUUAUGCCAUUGGGAAGAGGGACUGAUGCCCCAAGGCAUUUUGAAGAUAUGAGAAAUGAGUGUUGGACGUCGAAGAAUAAAAUUGUUGGGCAUCCUGAUGAUGGUAAAUGUCUUCAUUUAUUUGAUUGUGGAAGUCUCCAAAAGCAGUACCCAAGAAAAAAAUGGAAAGGGGGAAGUAAUAAUACCGAAAGAGAAGUUCUGGAAGAUAACUGAACCUCCUGUGGCAUAUUGGAACAGAGAACAAGAAAAGCUGAACAAGCGGUACAAUCCCAUUUUGAGCAUGUUGGUCAACCAGACGGGAGAAAUAUACGGGUUUUCCAAUGUCAGCCAUCUGAAUUAUUGUGAACCUGACUUGAGGGUUACCUCCGUAGUUACUGGUUUUAACAAUUUGCCGGAUAGGUUUAAAGACUUUUUGCUCUAUUUGAGAUGUCGAAAUUAUUCACUGCUUAUAGAUCAACCGGAGAAGUGUGCAAAGAAACCCUUCCUGUUGCUGGCGAUCAAGUCACUCACCCCACAUUUCGCUAGGAGGCAAGCCAUUCGCGAGUCUUGGGGCAGAGAAACCAACGUGGGGAACCAGACAGUGGUGCGCGUCUUCUUGCUGGGCCAGACCCCCCCGGAGGACAACCACCCCAACCUGUCAGACAUGCUGAAAUUCGAGAGUGAGAAGCACCAAGACAUUCUCAUGUGGAAUUACAGAGACACUUUCUUCAACUUGUCUCUGAAAGAAGUGCUGUUUCUCAGGUGGGUGAGCACUUCCUGCCCAAACGCCGAGUUCAUUUUCAAGGGCGACGAUGAUGUUUUUGUGAACACCCAUCACAUCCUGAAUUACUUGAAUAGCUUAUCCAAGAACAAAGCCAAAGAUUUGUUUAUAGGUGAUGUGAUCCACAACGCUGGACCUCAUCGGGAUAAGAAGCUGAAGUACUACAUCCCAGAAGUUGUUUACUCUGGUGUCUACCCGCCCUACGCGGGGGGCGGUGGGUUCCUCUACUCUGGCCGCCUGGCCCUGAGGUUGUACAAUAUAACUGACCGGGUCCACCUCUACCCCAUCGACGACGUCUAUACUGGAAUGUGCCUUCAGAAACUCGGCCUCGUUCCAGAGAAGCACAAAGGCUUCAGAACAUUUGAUAUAGAAGAGAAAAGCAGGAAUAACAUUUGUUCCUAUGUAGAUCUGAUGUUAGUACACAGUAGAAAACCUCAAGAGAUGAUCGAUAUUUGGUCUCGGUUGCAAAAUGCUCAUUUAAAAUGCUAACAUAGAUAUAGACUAAAUUUUGCAUAGGAAGGCAUAUCUUGAAUAAUUCCUAUGUUGUGUUCUCAUAUUAGGGUGAUUUCUCUGUUAAACCAUCAAAAUUGCCUUUUUAAGUAGUAUCCAUUUGAGGGUCUCUAAGCCCUUUACUUUGGUACUUUUCUGAAGAGGGAAGGCAGAAAAAUUUUUUUAAGGGAGAAUAUGGCAGGACAGUUGGUUCUGAUUCUUCCUACUGAUUUGUGAUCAUGUUUUUCUAAUUUAUUCUCCUUUUCAUCUGAAAUCAUAAGUUUCUGGAAUUCAACCAUUUUAAGUUAUUAUUAUUUUGCCUUCAGAUAUGAUGAUAUUCCUAUUUUCCCUUAUAAUGAUUGAUUUAUCUGUGAUUUAGGUGUUUAUAAACCUGUUGGCCACAAAGACUUGAUAUACAUUAUUCAAUGCCUUUUAUGAAUUAGAAUUAAAUUAUUUCCAUGAAAUUUGGAUGAAUUUUUAAAAUCGUCUAGAUAAAUUGACUUCUGUCAAAAUUUCCUGCCACCCCAACAGUAUUUUCUUGUGUUAAUCUAAUCAGUUAAUUUUGCAAAAUGAGGAUCACUGACACAGGUCCAGUUUAUCUUAUUGUGGUCAUAAUAGAGAGAGAAUUCAAUUUUCCUUGUAUUUGGUUUGCUGCAUGUAUCAUGAUAGUUGUCUAAUUUUAGUAUCUGAAAAUAAUGAGUACGAGUCCAUAAUGGCCAACUGAAGAUUGAAUUGCCCCUGACAGCUAUACUGGGUUUGUGAUUUUUAAAUGUGAACCCAGAAAGCAUAUAUAACUUUAGAACUUUAAGUGUCAGGUUAAAACUCCAGGAUUCUAUUCUUGCCAUAUUUUCAUACAUCGCUUAUACAAAAUUAUUAUUCUGAGUAGUGACUGCUUCCCUGUCUCAGUGUAGAAGUGCCUGUGGUUUUAUUUAUUGUUCAGAUCAAAGACCAAAACAUUUUCUUAAAUAUAUUUUGUGUAAUAUUUUAUUUGUAUACAGUGUUGUUGAUGAAAUAUUUAACUAGAGCAUGGUGUUUUAAAAUGUUAAGGUGUAAUAUAUAUUAAAUAAAGCUAACUGUUAUUUUUGAAUUUUAAAAUUUGGGUUUUUUUGGUAUGAACUAUUAAAGUUGAUAAAAUCCUGCCAAACUAUUGCUUAUACAUACUAUCUUGCAACACGCUUUCUUGAAAUAUUUUUGUGUCUAUAGAGGUGAGGAUUUUCUUACUGGAUGCAAUACUGGGGACUGUAAGAAGGUGGAAAUAAAGUCACUGUGUAUUUUUAA